GAUAUAUCGCUACAUGUAUGCAAAAUAAAUAAAUAACAAAGUAAAACUAGGUUAAAACAUAAUCUGCAAUGAAAUAUCCUUGUUGUAAAUUAUCUCUCAUUGAACCUCUCAUGAUCCGUGAUAAGGUACUGAUAACAACGUUUGAAAGAUAAUCAGUCAAAAUACAGAACGUUAUUCGACUCGCAUAGUUUAGAACUAUAGAACACGCAAUAUGGAUAAGUUUGAAAUAUUACGGAACUUCGCUUUACCUUUUUAUUCGUGUAAUGAUAUCCAACUUUCAACAAGUGACGUUAAUGAUGUGAAUAUGAAUGAAAUGAAUUUCAGACAAUUUUCGGAGCAGUUAUUAUGUUUAGAUGAUAAAAGACUAAAUCGGAUUUUAGAUGAUAUUGAUUUAAAACACAAAGUAAAUGAACAUGAUCCGAAAACAGAAGAGAUCGUCACAGCGACAGAGGCUCUUGUUAAUGGCAUACUUCAAGCUGCUGGUGAAAUUGACCCAAGGUUUCAGUCGAGAUGUAUUUAUAGUGGUAGUUAUUACGACGGUCUUAAAGUUGGAAGUGCUGACGAAUUCGAUUUUGUAGCACGUAUUAAUUCUCUAUCGAAACCAGGCGUUCUUGAAGCAAAACGAUCUGCAAGAAAGCGAGGAUUUGUUUAUCUGGUAGUAAAAGAUGUAUCACUCAUAAACGAGUUCGAAGAUUUCUUAACGUCGCCAGAUGAUGAUCCAUGCUUAGAUGAGAACGAUGUGAUAUUAAAUGUUGAUACAUUUCAAGAUCAUUUUCAAGAUUUGAUAUUUUCUGCUAUAAAUUCUAUUGACAUACCAGAUAGCUUCAUUCCAAUCGAGAAGUUUGACGAAGAUACCGAAACUCAACCAUCCUGGCGACCUAUUCGUAACGGACCUUGUGCAACACUACGACUUUCCUAUAUGUGUCAAACUACGCAGGAUGUUGUUGAUCUCGAUAUUGAUAUUGCACCAAGUAUUGCAUAUCCGGAAAUACAUUAUAAACCAAUUGUCUUGGAAAAACUAGAAAGUCUGAAAGAUAGAAACUCAUUCCUGGACAUACUUGAAAACAUUUGUUUUUCCACAGAAGUCAUGCUUGUUCCAUUUCGCUUUGACUAUACAGAGCCCUCAGGUAAAUCAUCUUGGCACUAUCAUUAUAGCAACACUUGGAGAGUAUCUCAUUCUUCUAUUGAAAAGGCCGUAUUUUCUUUAUUUGGGAAAGACAGCGUUGAAAAAAAGCUUUGUCGAAUACUGAAAAUUUUGAAGGAAAUAUACCUGCAAGGAACUGAAGAAGUUGAAGUACAAAGUGAUUCACGACGUUUAAAACUACAAGAGCCGCCGAGUACAAAACUUAAUUUCUGCACUAUAGAACCAGUGACAAGCGUUUCAGAGGAAUAUUUAUACUGUUCAGAUACAGAUUCUGAUGAACAAUCGGGAAGUUUCGAUGGAGAAGGCAAUUUCUCUUCUGAAGACAAUUUAAUGGUGCAGGAAAAUGAAAACACUUGCGAAUUCGAAGAAUAUGUACAGGAUGAGAAAUGUGAUAAUAUUGAACCAAAUACAAUUAUUAAUCAAACCAGAAGUUUCAAAGAAUCAAAUAGCCUUAAAUCAGUUUCCAAGUGA